CGCACAGAAAGAAGUAAUUCUAGGUGCAAUUUAAUGAAGCAUGAAAGACCGGCUUUACAGUCAUAAAAUUUGAAGACGAUGCUGUACUGGAUCUUUAAAUCCUCGGAAAAUGGUUUUUUGUUCAAAAUACUUUUAAUUAGCGGGACGACAUUGUUGCGAGCUGUGCGGAUUAAUAAGUAGCUGAAUUUUACAGUUGAUGUAGUUCCGUUCUCUCGCAGUAAAGCAAAAUGGCGACGAAGAUGUCGUUCGGAAAUAUUUUCCAGCAGAAUAAAGUUGGCGCUGGUGCUGCAAGCGUGAGUGGGCAGGCCAGCGCCGAGGUGACACCUGAAUUGCACUUGAAGAUGUCCAAGAAAAUUGCUCAACUCACGAAGGUUAUAUAUGCAUUGAACACCAAGAACGAUGAGCAUGAAGCUGUUGUCCAAAACCUCAAAGAAGCACAUGAAGAGGAGCUCCAGCAACUGAUUCAACAGACCAAAGACAAAAUUGCAUCAUAUCAGAGUCGAAUAGGCCAAGAGGCAGAACUCAGACAAAAGAUCCAGUCCCUAGAAACCACCAUUAAAGAGCAGGAAAGACACAAGCAGGAGGCACUUGAAGAAUUCACCGAAUUCAAGCGCAAGGAAGAACAGAGACAAGCCUGCCUCAAGGCAGACCACUCUAAGACCGUGUUAGGUCUGUCACAAGACUUGCUUGCCAUCAAGAGGAACUUUGAGGACAGACUGCAGCAGUUUGAAGAGUCAAAACGGCGUGGAGAACUGGACAGGACAAAUGCCUUGGCAGAGCUACGGCAAGCGCAUGUCGAGGAGGUAGACAGCUUAAAAAAGCAGCUGCAGUCAGAGCACUCAGGACUCAGCAAGGAACGACAGGAGCUUAUUGAUCAGUACGAAUCAGAGAUCAAGAACCUGUACAGUCAAAAUAACGAGCUGAAGAACGAGAAGCGGCAGACAGUGGAAGACUAUGAGGCCAAGCUGAGCAAAGCCCAAGCCUUCUAUGAGCGGGAGCUGGCGGCACUUAAGGAUGGGGAGCUGCGGAAGAAUGCGGAGGAGUGGAAGGAGCGAGAGGCUGCCCUCAGGAGACAGGCUGCUGAAAGGCAACAUGAGCUGGAGAGGCAGAUUGAGAACAUAUCCAUGCAGCUAGCUGUCUGUGAGGAAGACCUGGUGGUGUACAAGAACAAGUUGACCCAAACACAAAGUGAACUUGCAUUGAGAGAAGGCGAUUCAGGCAGUCUAAGCAAACAGCUGGUUGAAGCCAAGCAUGAAGCAAGCCAGGCUAUCACCGGGCUCAAGCAGCUGGAAGGGGAGCUGGCUGCCUCCAGGGAAAGAUGCCAAGAACAAGCCAGUGACCUCAUCAAAAAAUCCAGUCAGAUUGGGACCCUAGAAGCCACUCGCCUGAGCAACGAGUCCACCAUGAAAGACCUGCGCUCAUCUCUUGCCAAACUGGAGGACAAACUGCAAUGGAUGGAGAAGGAAAGAGACAGCUUGGAGAACAGCAAGAAGAGUCUGUCAGAACGGCAACAUAGCCAGCUGAAGUCUCUUGAAAAGGCUUUGGAGGAGCUAUCCAUUGAGAAGCAAGUGAUGAAGGAGCGAUACGAGAAGGAGCUAGAGUCCAUUAAGAUCAGCAGUAAGGAGGAACGAGACAUACUGACAAGGGACCAUGAGGCACUAGUCAAGAAGAUGCAGGGAGAACAUAAGGAGGCUAGAGAGUUAGCAGUCACAAAGGCCGCCCAAGAACUUGCCAGUCUAAGACAGGAGUUGGAGAGCUCCCUGGAGGAAACCAGCCAACGACUAUCCCAGGAACGGGACGCCAUCCAAUCCCAGCUGGACCAGACUAGAGAGGAGCUGACCGUCCGUCUACAGUCAGCUGAGGCUGAGUGCAAACGCCUGCUGUCCAUCCUACACGAAAGCAAGCAGGGCCUAGGCUCGGCCAACUCAGAGAUCACCAGCCUGUCGAAGGUCAACCUGGAGCUGAAGGCAGAGCUGGAGGGUGUACAGAAAGAGUUACGGGAAGCCAAGAACCAAGGGCUCAUGUUCAGGACGGAGCUAGACAGAUUAAAACACACACAUGAGAGCAAGAUGGCAGAAGCAAAGGAGGAAAUGAAGAGUAAACUGAACCAGUUGUCAAAGGAUCUUGACGAACGCUGGACAGAUACUCUGAGGAGAGAGUGUGACAAACUACAGAGUGAGCUGACUGAGCAACACAGUAGUGACAAGAAGGCUGCCCUCCAGCAGCUGGCCUCGAUGAAGGAGCAAGAGCUGGUAGCCUCCAGGACAGGCUGGGAGAAUAAACUCAAGGAUCUUCUUCAAGAGAUCUCCCAGCUGAGGGAAGCCCUCCACAGCAAGGCGGAGCAGGCCCAGAAGGAAGUGGUGACCGUGCAGGGACUGGCUGACCAGAAGCUCAACAAGCUCAAGUUUGAGAUGGCCGCGGCAGCUGAGGAGCAUGCCCAAGCACUGAGCUUGCUGAAGGCAGAGAAAGAGAAAGAAGAGGAACGGUUGAGACAGGAGAAAGAGGCAGCAGUGGAGGAACUGGAACAGCGUCUCACUCGACAGUACAAAGAAGAUAUGGAAGAGCAAUUGAAAUCCCACAGGGCAGCCAUGGAGGCACUGAGGGAAGAAGCAGAGAGGUCCAGACAAAACGACCUCACCUCUAAGUCCACAGAGCACAGACAGGCGAUAGAGAGGAUGAAAUUGGAGCUAACACAGCGUCAAAUUGCUGAGAUGGACCAGCUAGCAAGAGCCCAUCGCACUCAGAUGGCUGCAGCAAAGAUGGAAUUGGAGAGAUCCAUAGAGCUCAAACAGCUACAGGAGAGGGAGCACAAGGCGCAGGAACUAGAAUUGAAGGAAGAUGUGAGGCAGAGAGACAAACAUAUUGACACUGUGGAAAAACAGCUGGGUGAAGUCAACCAAGACAUCAACAAAUUAAACAAGCAGCUGGAGUUCAAAGGUCAAGAAGUGUUAAAAGUCAAGAGUGAGGCUGAAGAACAGCUCAGGAGGCAAGAGCAGAGACUAGCUGAGGCCCACCACAGAGAUAUGGAUGCCCAGGCAGCCGAACACCUGCGGGAAACCCAGAGCAUGCUUGGAGAGUUUAACCGAGCCCAGGAACUCCUGAAGGACAAGAUAUCUGCCUUACAAAUCAUGUUGGAGGAGGCAGAGGAGAGAUACCAGAGUCGGGACUCCAGACCAGAAGAUCUUGAGCACAUCGCCCGUCUUAAGGAAACAGUGUCAGAGCAGGAGGCUGCCAUGCAGAAGCUUGUGGACGAGAAGCGUUACUUCCAGUUGGAACUCAUCAACCGAGAGACUAACUUCAACAAAGUCUUCAACACCAACCCUAAUGUUGGCGUGCUCAACCCUUUUGCCCACAAGAAGAAGAAAUCCUUAGAGACCAGGGAGGCCCCACGCUACGUCAGUGCUCCAAGCCUGAACACGAUGACUGUUAGUGGGUCUGGCUCUGGUGGAGGUAGCCCCAGCCAUCAACGCCUGGAUCCCCUGCCUGACUCGCCCAUCCAUGACAUCCAGCUUAACCCUAAGAAACCUCUUCAGAUGCCUCGUCCUCCCAAGACCAAGAAGUUCAUCAAUACGUGAUGCGGGCAAGUCUUGUUUAGGGUCACACUUACUUUUUUUAAUCUUCCUAUUGUCAUGCUUGGUAUGGUGCAUCUUUAGUGUUCCCAAUGCAAAUCUUAUCUCUGACCGUGCUUAUUGCAAUGUGAUUCUAUGCAAUUGUAAAAGUACCAUUGGGUGACGGUUUAAGAAACCCACCUAACACCAAACCUAACCCAACUCUAUAAAAAAACCAAUCCUAAUGGCACCUAAAACGUAUCAAUGAGUAUUCCGUCCCAGUCAAAUAUUAACCCAGCUAACCCCAAAUCGGCUUAACCCAUCCCCCACUAACCCAGUGUUAAACCUUACCCAAACCAAUUAUAAACCAACCCAAAUGGGUUUAAUUCACACCACAAUUGACCAGCUCGACCUAAGUAACAGCCCAACCCUUUUAAACCAAAAGCCAGCUCUGUUCUACGUAGGACAGUGUCCCUGAAUAUGUUUUGUAGCUCCUUACAAAUUCUCCAGUUUUCAGCAGAUUCCAAAGCAAAAGAGAUUUGAGCAUGUUUAUUCCUCCGUGCGGCUUAUCAUCUAUGCAAUAAACACUUCAGCUUAAGUGUCUUUAAAAGAAAUGGACUGUUUCACUGGUUUUGAUGGAUAAAAUGUUGUAAUUUUUACAAAUAUCAAGUGCAGCUAUCUCACCCGUCCAUUAAUUUUGUCAUCUUUUUUGUACAUCUUUGCAAAUAUAACUCCUAAUUUAAUUAGAUCAUUCAGCCAUAAAAUUAAUCUUUAUUAAUCAAACUCGAACCAAAAUGUAUUUGUCUUUUAUACUGUUCUAGCAUUUGAAAUAUCGUUAUAAAAAUUUACUGUACAUAUGUCAUAUAUUCUUAUUGAUAUUUGAAUUUAAUAAGAUUUUAAUUCUAGAAAUGUACAAAGACAGUACCUGUAUAUAAUUUCAAUGAAUAUCUGUAGGAUUCAAGUAGACACAAAACUGUAUAAAUCAUAAAGACACAGCAGCACAGUAUAUUUGCUGUAUUCAAAUAAUAUCAGAAUUUUUAUUUUUUCUGUGCCCCAUUACAGAAUAAGUCACAUCCAUCCAUAAGUAUCUUAUGUUCUUUUCAAACAAUGCAUUUGUUGAACUUGAGAAAUAAAGUCCUUCCGUCCAUUUGCUGUGGCAAUGAACAAA